UGUUUGAACGCCAGGUUUCGAACGCUCGCUGUCGAUCUCCGCUGGCUCCCCUCUGUGCGCGCCGCUGAUUGGCUGAGAGAGGCGGCCCGUCCCUAGCUCGGCACACAAGAUGGCGGCCAGUGUUUUUUGUACAGUGUGAGGUCGGGGCCUGUGAGCGCCGUCGCGCCGUGCUGUCGCUGUGUGUUCGGAUUCCGUCGUGCGAGGAGGACAUGUGGGCUCUGUGAGUGCCCGGAGCGGGGGUUACAUGCGGCCUGAGGGCUCGGCGGAUUCUCUGGACAGUGGUUGCGGAGUUAAAAAAUGCAGAACAAACAUUUAUAUUCAUCGGGAGCAGAUGAACAGUCACCUACAGAAAAUGAUGGUGAAGACAAUAAAGAUGUUAAUCGGACCCUUGUUACAGCUCCCAAUCCAUCAGAGAGAUGUCCCAUAUGUCUGAACUUUCUCACCCAAGAUGUUGGUUUUCCAGAAAACUGUUACCAUGCUUUCUGUGUUAACUGCAUUCUUAAGUGGUCUGAAACAUCAACCUCUUGCCCUGUUGACCGCAAACCGUUUCAAGUAGUCUACAAAAUAACUCCUGCUGAUGGAUGUACAAAGAUCAAAGUAAAGGCAAGAAGGCCAAGGGAGAGGUGCUGCUGCAAUGGCAAUCAACGCUAUUCCUUCUGCUGUGUUAAAGCGAAAUUCCGGUACAGAAUGGAUGCAAACAAAGAAUUUUCAAGUCCGAACGCCCAAUUAAGCAAGCUGGAGAAUAACCGAUGCAUUACAAUGAAAGAGAAACCGGAGUCUGAAAUGGAGUUCAAGAUGUUAAGCUUGACCGAACAUUGUAAUACUAGUGAUUUCAUGGAUGUAUGUCCACUAGAUGGCCUACCUGGGUUGCCCCAUGUCAGUAUAUGUGACCUUUCCGAAGAUGGUGAAACCGAUUUAAUACAACAGAAGAGGGCGGGACUCAAAUAUCUUAGGCCAGCAGUAGUAAGAAAAUCGGAAUACCACGUGUCUCUUUCUGCUGCAAUUGAAGCACUCACUCCCUCUGUAGCUACGUCUAUCUUGGAUGAAUAUGUCCCUCCAUUAUGCAGUACUUCCAUAAGGAACCAAGGGUUUUCAACAAGAAAAUGUGUUAAUUCUAGUGCUCAGGAUGGCACAGAGAAAAAGGCUGCUUCUGGUGCAUCAAAUGGAAGAGGCUCAAGAAGAAAGGCUCCACAGACUAGUACCAGAAGGAGAUCUACACGAAAUAGCAAAUCUGAAGAUUUGAGUCAACUUCCAAGCUCCCCAAAGUCCAGUAAUUCAGAUCGUGAUACAGGUUGCAAUAAUAAUUCUUCUGCAAGUGUUUCCUCAGCUGGCCAUUCUGUAAAACCCCCCACAAAACCAAGAAAAAGGGCGCCUAAAAAAAGAUCUCAAACCAGGAAACGUCUUAAAUCCACAACACAAACCCAAGAGGAAUCUAGUGGAAGCAAGGAAAAUUCUGCAGAUGAGUCAGAACCAGAACUUGAGAAAAAGCGCAAGGUUUCUGGGGAUAGUUUGUUAGAAAUGGCAGAUUCCGAUAUUGAGUCCUCUUCUACACAUAAUGUAGAAAAGAUUCCAGAGCACAUGGACUCUCAGUCUUCACCUUGUGUCUCUCCGGUUCAAACCCAGUCUGAAGAUGAAAUGGGACCCGUGACCCCACGUGCACAGACUGCAUAUAGUUCUGAUGAAAAAUGCAAUUUUCCAGUCUCUCAGGAUGAGCAAGAGUCUGAUCUAGAGGACUUUGCAUAUUCUUCAGUUUUAAAAAAUGACCAUUGUUCCAAGGAGGUAAGAUCACCCGCCUCCACGGCCUCUGAAAAACAGUCUGAUUCAGAGAAUGAUCCUUUGCCGAAAUCCGUGGUUGUUAAGAGUUCAUCAAACUCAGAAGGAGAAGAAUCUUCAGAUUGUAAAAAGCCAGUGUCUUCUGAGGGAGAUGACUCUUCAUCUCCUGCGCCUGAGGAGCACCAGCAUUCUGAUAAUCUAGAACCCCCAGACUUCUCACCUGCUUCUUCUCCUGCUUCUGUAAAGCAGCUUGAUUCUGACAGAGUAAAUUCAUCCCCUAAAUCUAGUCCUGAAUCAAAGGGUUCUGAUUCUCCUCCUCUCGAUGAUGUGAUAUCUAAGGAGGAGGGCUCAGUUGAAUCUUCUCUGGAAGGUUACAAGUCAGAAUGCACAGAACCUAAUGACUUACCUGACUCAAAGAAUGGGCAUCUCUCUCCUCAUCUUCCUUCCUCAGAAAAUGAGGUUAUGUCGUCUAAGGAUGAGGAAACGCUUUUUCCAGAUAAAGGGAAGCUGUCAGAUUUGGCAGAUUCACCCGCUUCUGUUUGUGAAAAUGAUGUCCCCAGUUCUGAAAUGCAGACAGGGGAAAGAGCUGCUCAAGAGGACUCAUGCUUGUCAAAUGAAAAUAAUUUUGUAAGUGAAGAAGCGAAUGGGCUAUCUGCGAAUGUUCAAAAUACCGAACUAAAAGAAAGUGUUGAAGGGAAAGAAACCACAAUUGUGCCGGAGGAAUGCAAUAAAUGUAUCCCUGAAAUGCAAAGUGCUACACCUGCACUUCAGCAUUCACAGCCAGAUGUAAUUAACUCUAGUUCGAAAGAGGGAUUUCAUGAUGCUUAUAAAAAUGAAGUUAAACCAUCUGCAAUACCUGUGGAUGUAAUGGGGAAUACCAACUCUCAAGCUUCUUUCAGGCUAUCUAAUAUUGAUACAGAUAGUGGAAUUCCCCCUGUUCAAAAUAAUGAACAGCCAAAGGUCUUCUGUGAAGAAGAUAACAAUGAAUCUGUAGAAAUGGAGUGCGAGUCUGAUAGUGAUGAUAAUGGUUCAGAAAUCGAACAACAAAAAGAAAUAAAUAAAAUAAAUUCCUCAGAAUCUAGUGCUGAAGUCCAUGUGCAAAAAGAGGAGCUGAAACCCCAAACCACUAAUGUCCCGCAGGGUGUUGAUGAGAAAUCAGAUGACAUGAAAUCAAAAGAAUCUCGGCCUAGAAGGUCAAGGUUUCAUUCUCCAUCAACAACAUGGUCCCCUCAAAAAACUGAUGUAAAAGAGAGACCAAGAUCCCACUCCAGAGGUAGAGACUCUCCUGGUAAACGUAGAUCUAGAUCACGUAGCAGAGAUAGAGAUGGGAAUCGUGAUCAAGGAGGUCAGUGGAAAGGGCGAAGCAGAGGAAGAUGGCAUAGAAGACAAUCCAGAUCAAAAUCUAAAAGUAGGUCUCGAUCAAGAUCUCCAUCACGUAGUAUGGGAAGAAAUAAAUGUCCGCCACCUGAUAGAAAUGAAGCUGAUUGUAGUUCACCCCCAUGGAGGGAGAGACGACAAUACGACAACUGGAAGAGUCCUAGGGGAAAUGAAAGGUACAGAAGGAAUGAACAAGAAAAAACUGACAGUUUUAGAAGGGAAAGACAUGAAAUGAGUAGAGAGUCACCUGAGUCAUAUCAGGACAAUUCAAAUCAGAAUGAUUACCCAGACUGGGUAGUGGAAAAGAUGAAAUCUGUUGAAACGAGAGGACAAGGAUCACACAGAUCAAGAGUUUCUCCAAGGGGUUCUCAAUGGGACAGUAACAAUUAUAAUGCUGGGGAUUCGUGGACUAAAGCUACUAACUUGGAUUGGAAAUCACCCCGUAGCCGUGGUGGCCGUGGACGUGGAAGAGGUGGCUUCCGUGGUGGAUUUGGUUAUGGAGACCAAAAUGAAAAUCGAUGGAAUAAUAGACCGCCCUUCUCAGGAAAUUCUAACAGUUCAGGGCAUGAGUCUUCACGAUUCAACGAACAGAGAAAUUACAAGCCUAAAUAUGAACAAGAGCAAUUUGAUUCUCCUGCUGAUCGCUCUGGUUGGUCUUCUGCAUCAAGCUGGGCUGUAAGAAAAACUCUUCCGGCUGAUGUGCAAAAUUACUAUUCCAAAAGAGGAAAGGCCCCUACUGGCUCGCAGCCUGUUUGGCCAAGGCAAGAGGAGACUACGGACCAAGCUCUCAAAAUAGAUCAGCCCAUCAAAGACCAAGUGAGUCAGCCAACUGAAAGUCCACAGAUGCCUGUAAACCUGAUGCCUCCUCAAAUGAAUGUAGUGCAACAGCAAAUCAAUCCACCUCCAAUCCAACCCAUGAAUAUGUUUCCAUAUUCUGUGAACGUCCCUCCUCCUCCAAUGGUGAACAUGCAGCAUAAUCCAUAUAGCAUCCAUCCACAGUUACCCAUGCAUAUACAUCCAGGGAUACCUAUUGUCCAGGUUUCUGCUUCUACAAGUGUGUCUCAGGGACUGCCACCUCCACCGCCUCCUCCGCCACCAUCCCAACAAGUCAGCUAUGUAGCUUCGCAGCAGGAGGGAAAACCACCACAGGGUAAUCCCGGUGCUUCUCAUGUAAGUAAUAACUUCAUUGCACCAGUUUUGCCUGCUCCAACAGCAGCAUUGGUAGCUGGAACAGCAAUGGGACCAAACUCUGGUAGUGUAGCAUCUUCAACUCUCAGCAAAGCGCCUCAUACAUCAAUAAAACCUCCUGCACGAAAGGAAAUUAUUACAGUGGAAGCAACUGCAGAUAGCUCGAAGAAAGAAAAGAAAAUGCAAAUACAAGAGAGAGCAGCGCAUGAAGUGAAAAUGGCCAUAAAACAAUAUUACCAAAACAAAGAUAUUACAAAGGACGAGUAUAAGGAGAUUGUAAAGAAAGCAGUAGAUAAGGUUUGCCAUAGUAAAAGUGGAGAAGUUGAUUCGGCUAAAGUAGCUAAUCUCAUAAAAGCAUACGUGGACAAGUACAAACACUCUAGAAAAAAAGGGUCGGAGGAAAAACUUUGAGGAAUAAAUCUUCACUGGAACAUAUGGACAAAGGACUGCUUAUGUAAUUGUCAAAGUGCAAUUUCUGUGUGUCUCAGAAUCGUUCACAGCUGUGAUUGGAAUCAGGUUUUGAUAAUUUUUGAUGUAGUAUUUAAUUCCAUUUAGAGAUCUUUAAUUUUUCUUCCGCCCCUUCCCCUCCCUCCACACCCUCUCCCAAAACAGGCUUAAAUGAAAUUUUUUUGUUUUUGUUUUUACUAGAAAAAGUAUGGAUAUGUACAGCAUUUUGACUUAAUCAGUUGUGUGUAAAAUUAGAGAUGUUUAUCUCAAUACUUGGUUUUCAGCCAGGUACUGUAUGUACAGUACAUGUAAUCUGUUGGGUAAAACUUCUGAUCAUAGGAAUCACUCUGUGUUUUUCCUUUAAUUGUAGUGACCUGUUUUCCUUGACUCCUUUGUAGUUUAACUGGACACACUGUUUCAGUGUACACAAUGAGUGUCUGUAUCUUGAUAGAGAUCCUGUUUAGAAAACAAACUUUCAGAAGUACAGUAUGCUACUGCAAACUGUGUCCUACAAAUAUAUAUUUUUUUAAGAUGGACACCAACUAUGGCAACACCAAAUAAAUAUUAUGCUGCUUGUU